AUGUCCAUCGGCUACGAACGCAGGUUCUCGGGACAUAACCUGGGUCCAGGGGUGGUGGAUAUGGGUGCGGGGCUGGUGGACCCUGGCUCUGUUCAUGUCACCAUGCCUCGGAGGCACAAGAGCAAGUACUAUGUCCGUGUGAAAUUCCACCAGGGUUCUACCCUGAGCUCCCCUGCUAUUGGGGAUCACCAGGAGCUUCUGGGAGCCAUGGCCCCUAGCUCUCCUGAUGCAGGGCCUUCCUGUGCAGGAUCUGAUGAAGGUGCCCAGGGCCCAGAGGAGGAAAGUGCAGAUCCUCGGACCAGGAAGGCCAGCAUGCUGGUGGAGUUCCUGCUGGAGAAGUAUACUAAGAAGGAGCCAAUCUCGCAGCAUGCCCUGCUGAAGGUCGUUGGCAGGAAGUAUAGGUAGCACUUCCUUGAGAUCCUCAGGAGAGCCUCUGAGCGCAUGGAGCUGGUAUUUGGCCUGAAGCUGACGGUAGUCGGCCGUAGCAUGAUCAUCUACGCUCUCAUCUACAAGCUCAACCUCGGCGGCGAUGAAGGUCUGAGUGAGGGGGGUGGUCUGCCCAAGUCCGGUUUCCUCAUGGUGCUCCUGGGCAUUAUCUUCAGGAAGAGUAACCACGCCCCCGGGGAGGAUGUCUGGGAAUUCCUCAGUGUGUUGGGGGUCUAUACUGGGAGGAGGCACUGGAUCUUUGGGGAGCCCAGAAGGCUCAUCACCAAAGAUCUGGUGCAGAAGAAGUACCUGAAGUAUCGACAGGUGCCCAAUAGCGAUCCUCCGCACUACGAGUUCCUGUGGGGCCUGAGAGCUUGUGUUGAGACCAAUAAGAUGAAGGUGUUGGAGGUGCUGGCCAAGAUCCACGAUACUGUCCCGACUUCCUUCCCAGACCUCUAUGCCGAGGCUCUGAGAGAUCAGGCGGAGAGAGCAGGGCUGAGAGGCAUUGCCAGGGCUCCAACAAUGGCUGAAGCCAGUGCUCCUUCCAGGGCCAAGUCCUACAGCUCCUCCCACAUCUAG